AUGGACCGUGGUCUCUGCCGCCUCGUUGGCAGCAAACUCUGUGUGUACACGGAUACGUCCUUCAGCGACGGACGAGGAAUCUCGCUCUUCACCACUCCAGAGCUUGCCGAACAUGCCCUUGCCUUACCACCGUUCCAGAACCCAGACGCAUUGAAAGGCAUCAACAAAGCCAGCGGCACCUGGUACACGCAAGAAAUCCCCGGCAAAGGCAUGGGCAUGCUCGCAAAACGAGACCUUCAAUCCAAGGAUAGGAUAACUGCACACACGCCUGCACUACUCGCAUACCUGGAGUCUGAUCUAUCUACUACGGAAAGAGAGAAGUUCUUCAAGCUCGCAGUGUCACAGCUACCAGAGGAAACGAGGGAGAUGUACCUGGGUCUUGCAACCGUGUACGGCCUGCCACAGGUCAAGUAUCAAGACGUCGUUAAGGCAAACACGUUCCAGCUAGAUAUCGAUGGACACAACCAUCUCGCUGUAUUCCCGGAGACUUCGCGAAUGAACCAUGCGUGUGCGCCGAAUGCGCAAUACUACCUCGAUCCGACGCUAUUGACGCACUUUGUGCACGUAACGAGGCCUGUGAAAGAAGGUGAAGAGAUCACUAUCUCAUACACCUCACCUCUCGACCCCACGCACAUUCGCCAACAGCGACUCUCGCAAGGCUUCCACUUCACUUGCACUUGCACCCGUUGUAUCGAUCAUGAGAGAACAGACACCGUGCUCCAACAUAUCCAAGCGAUGCAGAACUCCCUCAACGACUGGUCUCCUUCCUCAACUGGUAGCCCAGACGUAGCCGAAGAACUUCUCGAUGCAUAUCGACAGGAGGGGCUUGAGGGCUUUAUGGACAUUCCUUAUGGGUUUGCUGCGCUCGCGUAUAAUGCCGCUAACGAUGAGGGGAUGGCGGCAGAGUAUGCGGAGAGGGCGGAGGAGUUGAUUUUGCUGAAGGAUGGGGCAUGGGCACCGAACUUGAGGAUUUGGCAAGAGCUGUUGAGGGAUCCGAGGGGGCAUUGGAGUUAUGGUAGGAGAAUGGGGUGA